AAAUUUUUUUUUCAAACUUUUACAAUUUAGGUUACAUUAAGUUAUUUGGGCUCGCAUUUGUCUGCUUGAUUUCAUUUUGUUUCCAUUCUUUCCACCCUUUGUCUCUGUAGUCGCUAACUUAUUUGUUAACAUCAGCCAAAAAAGAAAUUGAACUAAUGUCAGAAGAGCUGAGGGGUCUGAAAUCAGAGAAGCAGCUUCUUGCACAGGAGGGAAAUGCUUUAAAGUUAGAAAAAGGUUCACUUUUAUCAAAGCUGGUAGAGGUGGAGGCCAAAAUAACUUUGCUUCAGGAAGAUCAACAGAAACUGUGGUCGGUCAAUGAAACGCUUCAUUUAGAAAAAGAGAAAGUCUUAGAAGAAAAGCAAGAUGCCGAAAAGCUUUAUCGUCAGGAGCAGGUCCAUAAGGAAUCCUUAGCCGUUGAGAGAGAGCAGUUACUGGGAGAAAUUAACACAGCACAGGAAGAACUCUUGAAGAUCAGUAUGGAAAACGACUCUUUGCGGGCUUCCAGAGCAAGAGUGCAGGAGCUCAUGGAACAGCUCCAGCUCAGCAAAGAUACUUUGAUAGCGGAAUCUAAGAAGGAUCAGGAGGAAAAAAAUCACCUGGAGGAUCACAUCAAGAAGCUCGUUACUGAAAACCUUGCCUUGGCCAAAGAUAAAGAUGAAAUUAUUCAGAAGCUCCAGAGCUCUUACGAGGAGCUGGUCAAAGAUCAGAAAACCUUGGUGCAGGAGAUCGAAGAUCUCACCACUGAGAAAAAGUCAGCUUUGGAGAAGCAGUCAGGUCUUGAUAACAUGUGCCUCGCCUUAAAAGUGGAAAGAGAAAAUCUUCUCCAAAGCAGCAAAGAUCUGCGGUUUGAGAAGGAAGUGCUCCUUCAGGACCAGGAAAAGCUGAGUGCCAGCCUGGAGGCCGCCCUCCAGAUCAAGCAGCUGCUCAGCACGGAGGCCAGCGGGCUCCGCACGCAGCUGGACGGGGCCCAGCGGGCUCUGAGGAAUGCAGAGCUGGAGAUGCGGCAACUCCAGGCCACGAACAGCAGCCUCACCAAGCUCCUGGAAGAAAUCAAGACCAGUCGGGAGAUCACAGACUCCGAGUGCAUCCAGCUUUUGCAUGAGAAAGAAACCUUGGCUUCCUCUGAGAGAAAACUCUCUGCUGAAAAAGAAGAACUCCUAAGUGAAAACAGGCUCCUUGCUGAAAAACUGAAGAAGUGCUCAGAGGAGGCCGCCCGGGUUGAGAUGAGCCUGAACGAGAAGAUCGCGUUCCUCACUUCUGAGAAGGAGGUGGUCUGUCAGAAGAUUACCAAGCUCAAAAAGCAGCAUGACAGUCUCUUGAAGGAAAAGUCUGUCCUGGAAAUGCAGAAUGGAGAUUUGCUUGCAGAAAGGGAGAAUUCCGUGAAAACCAUGGGAGAUCUCCGAAGGAAGUACGAUCAGGAGUCCGCCAGCAGAAGAAUCAUGGUGCACGAGAAGACGAAACUCCUUGGGAAUCUCGACACUCUGGAGAAGGAGCUUCAGGAGAAGAAAAGGGAAAACCAAGAGCUGGCCGCCACCAAGCACGAGCUCUCUCUGAUGCUGAAAGAGGCCCAGAAUGCCAGGAAGAGUCUAGAAAAAGAGCACACGAGCACCCUGCAAGCCAAGGAGAGCCUGAAUGCCGAGCUUCAGACGUGCUGUUCUGAAAAGAACAUCCUGCUGAGGGACGGGCUGAGCCUACAAGAAGAGUGUCAGAGGCUGAACGAGGAGAUCCGCGCCGUGCAGCAGUCCUUCGUCCGGGAGCAGGAAGCCAGAGCGCAGGAAAAUGAGUCGUCCCUGUAUGAAAACAAUAAGCUUCACGGGCGGAUGGCGCUCCUAGAGCAGGAGCUGGGAGAGUUAAGAGUGUGUACUAAACAGCUGCAGUCCGAAAAGUUCGUGCUCGUCCAAGAGAAGAGCAAGUCAGAGCAGAAAGUGGCAGAGAUAAUUAAGGAGAAGGAGCUCUUGAGUGCAGAAACCGCUCGGCUUGCUGCCAACAUAGAGACUCUGAAGAGCGAUUUCAGCACCUUGUCCAAGUCCAAGUUAGAGCUGCAGGAGCUGCACAGCUACCUCACCAAGAUCCUGGACGACCUCCGGCUCAAGCACGAGAUGACGCUGGCCGACCGCACCAAGGUGGUGCAGGACAACAAGAACCUGCUGGCUGAGAAGAGAGACAUGACGCUGGCCAAGGAGGAGCUCCUGAAGGAGAAGGAGAAGCUGGCGGAAAGCUACUUCAUCCUUCAGAAAGAGAUUAGCCAGUUGGCCAAAACCAAUAGCCACAUCUCAGCCAACCUCCUGGAAUCUCAAAAUGAAAACCGUACUUUGAGGAAAGACAAGAGCAAGCUCACUCUUAAAAUUAGAGAGCUCGAGACUCUUCAGUCAUUUACGGUAAAAUGGGAGGGUCAGGGACCAGGCCUGUACUACUAACCCCCGUGCACUAACUUCCUAGUGGCCCUGGGCG